AACUCUAGUUUGACAAUUAGAAAAGUCACAAAAACACGUCCACACGAUUUGUAAAUUGUGUUCUAAUUCGUAACUUUCUAAAAUAAAAUAACAUGAAAUAGUAAAUAAAUAUACUACAAAAUGGUAGACGAAAGUACUCGAAAGACUUUGAGUAGCAUACCGUUGCUACAAACGAAAGCUGGGCCAAGAGAUAAAGAGCUAUGGACUACAAGGCUUAAAGAGGAAUAUCAGGCUCUGAUCAAGUAUGUACAGAACAACAAGGCUGCUGACAAUGACUGGUUUCGCUUGGAAUCAGACAAAACAGGAACCAAAUGGUUUGGCAAAUGUUGGUACGUCCAUAACCUGCUUAAGUACGAGUUUGAUUUAGAAUUUGAUAUUCCCAUAACUUAUCCCACUACAGCACCUGAGUUAGCUUUGCCCGGACUCGAUGGAAAGACAGCUAAAAUGUACCGUGGAGGCAAGAUAUGUUUAACGGAUCACUUCAAGCCACUAUGGGCACGGAAUGUGCCGAAGUUUGGUAUCGCACAUGCUAUGGCUUUAGGGCUUGGACCCUGGUUAGCAGUGGAAAUUCCGGAACUUAUAGAAAAAGGUGUCAUAUCGUACCAGGAAAAGACAGAAGAAGCUAAAUGACACACAUGAAAAUAAUUGAAUUGUAUAUAUUAUCUGUUAUCUAUCAUUAAUAACGGCUUAGUAUGUUUUUUA